ACGUGCAAUUAAGAAAACCUCUCCAAGUAAGAGAAUUAAGAAUUAGAUGUCUCAAUUUGAUAACUUGGAAUCCUAUCCUCCAUUUUUUCGCCCAAACCAUGGCUUUGACUCUAAUGAACAUUCCUGCAAAACCUCACUACAUUUAGAUUCAGAUUCAGAUCGUCUUCCAGUUAUUGAUUUUCUGUGCAUGAACCCUGAAAAUCUAAGUGAAGCCUGUAGAGAUUGGGGCAUGUUCCGGCUUAUCAACCAUGGAGUUCCAUUGAACCUGUUAAACCAGCUCCAUGAUCAUGCCAAAAAACUAUUCUCUCUUUCAUUUGAAUCUAAGCAAGAUUUGUUCAGUAGCAGCAGCCCCCUAUCCUACUUUUGGGGCACCCCUGCCCUUACGCCGUCUGGCGACGCCCUACAAAAAGUUUCCAGCACUCAAGAUCAUAACUGGUUGGAGGGUUUAAAUGUUUCUCUAACCCCGAUUUCGCAGUUUAAAUACGAAGAUCCAUUGCUUGAAUCUUUCAGAUCAUUGUUGGAAGAAUAUGGAAGGCAACAAUGUAGGGUGGCUACAACAUUAUUCAGCACCAUGGCUGAGGACCUCAAACUUUGUUCAACAAAAUUCAAGUCUUAUUUAUCACCUGCCACUGGAACUCUAAGAGUUUAUCGAUACUUCCGGUGCAUGGAUUCCGACCGAAGAUGGGGUAUAGAUGUUCAUACUGAUAGUUCCGUUAUUUCAAUAUUACAUCAAGACGAAGUACAAGGACUUCAAGUCUUCAAAGACGAUCAAUGGCUUGAUGUCAAAUCUAUUCCCAACACUCUAAUUGUCAAUCUUGGAGACAUGGCCCAGGCAAUGAGCGAUGAUAAAUAUUUGAGCGUAAAGCAUAGAGUGAAGGUGAACAGAGAGAAAGAGAGAAUAUCAAUAGGUUAUUUUGUGUUCCCAGAUGAAGAUGUUGUGAUUGAAUGCUCUAAAUACAAACCUUUUACUUAUGCCGAUUUUCGGACUGAGGUACAAAAAGACUUGAAGACUGUGGGCGCCAAGAUUGGUCUCCAAAAAUUCAAGGUCACACAAGAAUGAAAUUUUCACCUUGUUGGGUUUCCUAUUUCUUCUCCAUUUUUCUCCACGUGAUCAUGUAUUGUUUCAUCUUCUUGAUUUUGGGGUCGAUUUCACAUGGAUGGAGGUCGACUUGACAUGGAUGGAGGUCCAUUUUGAUCGACUUAGCUAAUCAGUCUAUAAAUAGAAAAGAAUGUUACUCAUGAUAAGUCUAAGGUUAUUUAAACAUUAUGUGCAACAGUAAGAACUUUUUAUAUAAUUAUUACUAAGAAAGGAUAUUUUCCAUCAUGUCCAUGGUGAGACGUAUUUUUACAA